AUGUCGGUCGCCAAAGAUAGCCUCAGCGAGCCCAACGGGGUCAACGGGACGACGAAACCGGACGAAAUCCCCGUGACCGGCAUCUUCAGCAACUUUGUGAGCAAUGUCCAACCCGAGUCCCUGACGUCGCAAGUCCGCGAGCGCCUAAAGGAGUAUAUCCUCGACUACAUCGGCGUGACACUUGCGGCAGCGCAGUCGUCGGACUCGACCGAACCGAUCAUCAAAGCAGUCAAAACCCUCGGCGGACAAACAGGGACAUGCACGGUAGUAGGCAAAGGAAAGGGCUGGACAGCAGCGUACGCGGGCCUCCUGAACGCGACACUAGGCCACUCGCUCGACUUUGACGACACAUAUGCACCGGGCACCCUGCACGCGGGCGUGACGGCGAUCGGGGCGGGAUUAUCUCAAGCCGAACUACUCGGCGAAUCUGUGUCUAUUGAUCAAUUCCUCCUCGCCGUGGCGGUCGGCUACGAAAUCACAUGUCGCCUGGGCCGCGAGCUGGGCAACGAAGCGUACGCGCGAGGGUUCCACAACACAUCGACGGCGGGCAUCUUCGGCGCCGUCGCGACCAUCAGCGUACUGAAACGCUUGUCCGUCGAAGUGGUCGCCAACGCAUUUGGCCUGGCGGGCUCCAAAGCCGCGGGAUCAAUGCAAUAUUUAGAAAACGGCAGCUGGAACAAACGACUUCAUCCUGGAUUCGCGGUCCACGACGCAUUCCAAUGCGUAGCAUUGGCAGAAGCCGGUGUCAUUGGCGCAGCGAAGAUUCUCGAAGGAACCAGAUUCGGAUUCUUGCACGCAUACAGUCCGAAAGAAAAUAAAGAUAUCAAUUAUCUUGUGUCUGAUUUAGGGAAAAGAUGGGAGUUCCUCGAGACAUCGCUCAAACCGUUUCCCGCCUGUCGCAUGACGCACGGGUUUAUUGAAUAUGCUGCCAAACUGGGCCGUGACAAGGGAUACUCAAGGGCCAGCGAUGUGAAGGGAAUUACGUUGUCCUUGAGUCCUAAUAACUUGUUGGUCGUGGGUGCUCGGACACCGAAUAAAGUCCACCCGGAGAAUAUGGUCGACGCACAGUUCUCGGCCUAUUUCACUACGGCUAACAGUUUCCUCUAUGGUUCUGAUAAUGUUGUGAAAUGCUAUGAGAAGGAGAGGCUGCAUGAUCCCGAAGUUAGGGCACUGGCUGAUAAGAUUGUCUGUGUUGCGGACACGGAGAUCAAGCAGUUCGGCUCGAAGAUUAAAGUCGAGUAUAAGGAUGGAAAGGUCGAGGAGGUGAACAUCCCGUUCCCGCUGGGGGAGGCUCAGCAUCCGUUUACGAGGGAUCAGGUUGAGAAGAAGUUUUAUAGUCUUGUCGAUCCUGUCCUGGGCAGACAGAGGGGUGACAAGAUCCGUGAGACGGUCGAAAAUAUUGAGAAGGCUUCGGUCACGGAGUUGUUGGGGUUGUUGUAUUGA